CCCUUCCCUGCUGCCGCUGCUGAAGGAGCGUUUCUACUUGUACUGAGCACUCGGCUUCUUCUCUCUCUCCAGCCCAACGUCACCGCCUGCCCCACUGGAACCCCCGUCCCCAGCCGUGGAGCAGCACCUCGGGCAGGUUCAGCGAUGAUGGACACGUUCUUGGCUUUUUGGCACCACUUGUCAGCGUCUCACUAGAAAUGUUUUUUCCAAUCAGUCAGUCUGGGAGCUGACUGAUAAAUAUGGGAUGUGCUUCGGCUAAGCAUGUAUCUACAGUACAAAAUGAGGACGAUGCACAGAACGGCAAGAAUUACCAAAAUGGAGAUGCCUUUUGUGAUGAAUACAGGAUUAAGCCAGUUGAAGAAGUCAAAUACAUGAAAAAUGGGGAAGAAGAAAGAGAGGAGCAGAAGAUUGUGUCGAGAAACCAAGAGAACUUGGUGAGCUGUUUAGAGGAAAAAAGUGCCACCCAUACUGCCCGAUCUAAAAGUAACACUGAAGCUGCUGGUGCGGGACAUCCCAAUCGGAUAAAUAUCCACAUCUCCGAGAGCCAGCAGGAGUUCUUCAGGAUGCUAGAUGAAAAAAUUGAAAAGGGACAAGAUUACUGCUCAGAAGAGGAGGAUAUCACAUAGCUUCAAGUCCAGUCAGAAUGUGUAAAUAUCUUCACACACCGAGCGGGGCUCUGACUAAUGGAUCUCCCUAAAUGCAACAGCAGAAUGUAGCUGUGGACUCCAAUCAUUUUGCUGCGGACAUAAACACCGCAUCUCUGCGAUUGUUUCUAUCGGAUCUUUUAUUGCGGCACACUGUCAUCUGCAAGAAGAACCUCGCGGGUUUUGGUAGGAGAUUUUAUUGCUUCCAAUUUGCUACUUGGAUAUUGAACUAUUUCACAAGUGGAGGAGCCAAUCGAUGUAUUCCUCUGUCUAUAUGAUGGUUGUUGCAAUUCGCCAGUGGAACGAGGGUUUAAUGUGGGCAAAGAGGAACUCAUAAUGUGACGCCUCACACAGUGAUCUCAUCAAGGACUGAUUCUGCUUCUUCCUCACUGUAUUUCAGAAAAAGAAGUUCCGACCCAUAGUGAAAGGAUUUGAGAUGUAGUUUGUUCUAAUUGCACAUACCAGAGUCUGCAAAUCAUCUGACCCCCCACAGGUUUUUUUUCUAUUAAAUAAAUGUUAGAGAGUU